CGGGAAAGAAGCACAGGAAGAGCCUGAUUUUGCUGCCUCUUCGCCCCCGACCAGGUUUCCAGAGGCACAAGUACCAGAAAAGUUCGGUGAGAGCACUGUGAGAGCUUCUGUAAACGCUGCCCUUAGACAGGAGGGCUCCCAGGAGCAGAGAUUCUACUGUGUGCAUCUUGUCCUAGAUUUAAAGGCUCUAAAAAAGCACCUUAAGAAUGACAAGGAAGAUCUUCACCAACAGCAGGGAGAGGUGGAGGCAGCAAAAUGUCAACAGUGCCUUUGCCAAGCUGAGGAAGCUCAUUCCCACCCACCCACCAGACAAGAAACUGAGCAAGAACGAGACGCUCCGCUUGGCCAUGAGAUACAUCAACUUCCUCGUCAAGGUCCUGGGAGAGCCAGGCCUGCAGCAGACAGCAGUGGCAGCUCGGGGCAGCAUCCUGGGCUUCUUCCAGCAAGCCCCACACUUGCAGAGCAUGGAAGAGCUGACACUGAUUGAAAACUGUGGUGUCUCCUGUCCCGGCAUGAGCAGCAAUAUAGUAGAGUGUUGGUCAGAGGCAUCAUCCCCCUAGCAGACAAUGAGAGGUGCAAGUCUCGGUGUUAGUGUGGUAGUCCCUCUCUCCUGGCAGAAUCCGUGGGUUGCUCUUCCACGUAUUGUGAUUAUUUAUUUGUAUUUAUUGGUAUUUAAUUUUAAUUUUUAUUUAAUAGGAUAGGAAAUCCUUGGUCGUGCAAAACCCUGGAAGUCCAGACGGAGAACUUGUGGUUUCUGGGAGCUUGGAAGGACUCGCUGCUGUCAUGGCAGAGUCCAAGCCAGAAGAGCCUUCUGUCCAGAUCUCCUCCAUAAAUCAGGGCAUAGAAAUUCCUUCAGUGUUUCUGACAGGGAAAUAAAUUAUUCUCCCAUUCUAUUUCCAGGAAACUCUAUUGAGAUGAAGAAUUAUGACAGCACCACAAAAUUUGUCCACAACAGAUGCCUGGCCUCGGUAGUGAAAGAUUUUGAGAGAUGUGAUAUUUGACACAGUCCUCCAUGAGUUGUUCUAGGGGCUAAUUGCACUCUCUCUUGAACUUAUGGAUCUUAUUUCUAGCUUGAUUUUUUUUUUUUUUUAAGUCCUAGCCCUCGAACCUAGCUACAUAUUUCUUCAUCAGCUGAGAGGGACCCCUUAGAGCAAAGCACGUUAAGCAUAAUUAAAUGGUAGGUUAAAGCAAGAAGUGCCAAUUCAAAAUGGCCAAAUACAUAGUCAUAGAUGAGUUUCAGUGUGUUCAAUAGGCAAAGUAAAUCUCCUCCGUAGCAGUGACAGUGUGCACGUGAAGGAAGAUGGUCAGCUAUACCCCAGCUGCCUUAAAAGCCCAUCAAAGAGGUUGGUGACUCAGUGCCUUUGUUCUUCUGUAGGAACUGUAGCAAUGGGGGAGGUUCUUUUUGGGAUGGUGGUCCCAGGACAAACGCCUCAGUGAAAAUCUUUGUGGACAAAGCUAUGUCUGUGGUUACGCUGACUGCCCUUAAAUUCCUGCUUUCACCUGCCCUAGCUGAGAUUAUCCCACCUGGAUACCAUCCCAAAGGGGCCAAUGGAGCCAGGACAAAGAAAUUGGUGUAAAUAUCUUCCAUUUGUGAGUCACUGCCCUGUAUGAACCAUGCUGUAGGUGUUUACACGAUAAGCUGCAUAAAAGUGGCCACUGUGGGAUAUUGUUGCCCACAAAAAAUUCCAAUCUAAUUUCCUAACUUAUAACUCUAUUUCCUGAGUUAUAACCUGUGCCAGCCAAGGCCUGGCCUGCUCAUGUGACUUACAAGCAGCCCAAAACAGCAGAGAAAAUGACACCAGGUUUAAGCAGAAUGGCUUUCUGGUGAGAUCCUUCUCCC